AUUACUCAGUCAUUGAUUAGCAACGCAUGAUUGUAUUGGGGGGUGUUUAACUCUUCCCCUGAGAUUACCGUUUGUAUUACCGCUUUACACAGGAAAAUGGACUGACCUGCGUAGACUUUCGAGCGUACUUGUUUUAGGAUUUUUAUAGACACGCCGCUAGUAAGCAGAACUCUCGAUGGUCUAGGAUGCCUAAUUUUCCAUCAUGGGACAAUAGCAGCCAAAACAUUUGUCACGCGCGCGUCCACUCGCUGGAUAGUUAUCAGGUCGGGAACGCGAGACAUAAUCUCGGAUCAGCUUUUUGACUCCCAUAGGACGUAUACAUAUGGACACAUUACUUUCAAAAGCAUCCAAUACGAUUUGUCGGCACAGUGACUCAAGUCCUAGAAACUUCAGGCGUAGAUCCCAUAGACGAGUUCAGCGCAGGAAACCGCAUCGCAUUGUUCGGAAUUGGCUCAGAGAUAAACUAUUAGAUAUUCAUUAUUUCGUUAUACUUAUAAUUAUCAUUUUAUUAAUGGUUUAUAAAUGUAUAAAGUGAGUUAAGAGCUGCCAGCCGGACUAUCGAAGAACCGUCGGAAAUCGCUACCCUUAUACUCGAACUUGCAUAUUGGAUAUCUUCUUUUUUCCCACAGUUUAAUUUUGUCUUCGUACCUGAAAAGCCGUUAUUCAUAAGUGUUUGUGAAGAAAUGCGUAAGAGCAACAGUUGUGCUAAAUCUGCCAGUUAUCGUUUUUUGCUAAUUUCUCGUAAACAUGCUUACAGUGCCGAUGCUCCAGGCGGUGGAGGGGGAGGGGCCAAGGGUAAGCGAGCGGAAGCUGAAUCCAGCAAGUGUGAUACAGUCACGCAAGACCGGAUAUGGAAACAGGCCGUUGGCAAGGAGGAGAUGUGCCUCAAAAACUGGAACGAUAACUGGGGAUUCCUUACAGAAUUUGAUGCCAAGGGAGAAGGGAUCACAAUGGCGGGAAACCACAAGGAGCCAGAACCUUUACCAGAAAAGAUGAGUAUAUUUUCGGACGAAGUACCUAAUACAAAUUCCGGAAAUUAUGGGUCACGGGUAAACUCAGAUGUCGGCGCCACCAUGCAACAGUUAGAAUUCAAAUUUUAUAGUGGAAAACGAAGAAAGAAGAUGGGCAACGAUCUAGUAUGCUAUUAGCUAGGUACUAGACUAAGAUCGUAAUAUAUAGAUCAAUGUUGAUGUUUCCACUAGUAAGGGCUUUCUACAAACCGACUACAAUUGGCCUAUAAUAUCAUUGAUUGUAUAGAUAUUCAAAGGAAAGACAACUCCUCCAGUUUACUGAGGAGACAUGCUGUAGAUAUCACACGCAGACCCUCAGAUGUUAUAGCUCUAUAAAACAUAUUCCUUCUUCAAAAGUUCAUCAUCACUGCUGUUAUAAAUAAACCAUGACUUCUGUUACUGUGUAAGUGUUAACCUGUCCAAUAUGAGUGUAUUCCUAAGCAAUAAACAUGCUAUUGUAUUUUGAAUAUAUUGUAGAUUAGAUGGAAGGCCUAUUUGAUAGUUGCAGGAAAGUUCUUUCCACACAAUGGCCCACCAUAAACAUGCUGUAAUUAUUGUAUUUGAAUAAAAAAAACUCAACAACAAA